CCUCAUCCCCCCCCCCCGUCUCCAUCAUAAUCAGAACUCAAAGCUCAAACGCUUCCUCUCCGCCAGCUGUUGGGAGAUCCACUGAACCCAUUCUUCUCCAGUUUCCCAAGAUCUCCCGUCAAACUGGUUUGACAAAAGGAACAAAAUCUAGGUGAGGCUUGAAACGCAGAACCGGCUGGGAGGGAAGAAGGACCGGAAAGGCGAGAGGAAGGAUCCAAAGGAUCUGAUUUCGGGAAUCAAAGUAUAAGCCAAGACUGGCUGAAUCCGUAUCUCCAUUGCUGCUCUUUCCCACCCCCCUCCUUCUCCUCUUCAUCUCAACCGGAAUCCAAGAUGGAGACCCCGCUUGAAGAAGCUUUAGGCGUGAUGGUGGAAACCUUUUACAAAUAUUCGGCCAAGGAAGGAGACAGGUACAAACUCAGCAGAAAAGAGAUGAGGGAGCUGCUUCUGGCGGAAAUGCCCAAUUUUGUCAAGGGGAAGAUCAACGAACGCGGUUUUGAAUUCUUGAUGGAGAAAUUGGACGACAACGAAGAUGAAGAACUGGAUUUCCAAGAAUACGCCGUAUUUCUGGCGCUGACGGCGUCUCUCUGCUACGAAUUCUUCCAGGAAUGCGCAGACGAGAGCAAUCGGAAGCUAUGAAGUCCAGGCUUUGGGGAUGUGGGGGUGGAAGGGAAUUUGGGGUGUUAUGUUUCUUGUGUGAAGACCCCACCCCCAGGGGAGGGUCUCACUCUGCUAGCAAAUAAAGAUUGUUUUUUUUAAACACACAACCCUUGUCGAUUGCAACCCAUUUUUGGUGAACGACUGGUUUGCAAAAUGUAGCGAUUGUGGAUAAAAAUUGAGGAUGGGUAAAAACUGAUCAUGGAUAAAAAUGAUGAUGGAUAAAAUUGAUGGGUAAAGAUGAUGGAUAAAAAUUGAUGAUGGAUAAAAAUUGACGAUGGAUAAAAACUGAUCAUGGAUUAAAGUGAUCAUGGGUAAAAAUUGAUGAUGGAUAAAAACUGAUCAUGGAUUAAAGUGAUCAUGGGUAAAAAUUGAUGAUGGAUAAAAACUGAUCAUGGAUUAAAGUGAUCAUGGGUAAAAAUUGAUGACGGAUAAAAUUGAUGAUGGGUAAAAAAUUUAUGAAGGAUAAAAUUGAUGGAUAAAAAUUGAUGGAUUAAAGUGAUCAUGGGUAAAAAUUGAUCAUGGAUUAAAGUGAUCAUGGGUAAAAAUUGAUGAUGGAUAUAAAUUGAUGAUGGAUAAAAAUUGAUGAUGGACGAAAAUGAAGUGAUGAUGGAUAAAAUUGGGCCUCUAAAAACAAAACGAGCAAACAACGCCAGGAUAAAAUGGUAUUUACGCCCGUUCCUCACACUUACAGCCUUCGCAGGGUUAAAAUUUCGGGUGCUUCACAACCAGCAUGUAUUUAUGACGGUUCCAGCAUCUCAGGGUCACGUGGUCCCCAUUUUGCAACCUUCUGAACCGGCUUCCGACAAGCAAAAUCAAUGGUAAUCCAGAUUCGUUUAACAACUGCAUGGUUGGCUUAACGACUGCACGAACUGACAACAGUUGUAGCACCGCAGCAUCAACUGAUUGGCUGUUUCUGACAGGGGAUGGAUGAGGGGAAAGGAAGCCCGAUUCAUUUAAUGACCAUGUGAUUCACUUAAUGACCACAAUGAUUCACUUAACAAAAUCAGCCCGGCACCCUAUUGGCUCCAUCCCUUAACCACCCCUUCGCUUAGCAACCAAAAUCCCGUUCCCGAAUCCCGUCAUUAAGUCGAGGACUCGCCGUGCAGCCCACUCUAGCAUUUUCAGAGUGCGAGAUAAAUACCUGUCUCCGAGACAGGGUGUGUCAAAAACGAUAAGUAGCUCGUUGUGCAUAUUUGCCAAACCUGCUUGCACACUCCACGAAACAGGUAGCCUCCUUGGAGGAACACCGCCGGUUGAAAUUCUGCCUGUUUUCGUUCCGUCUUUCCUGAUGAAUUCACCGCAGUAAACACCGGACAAGCCCAGCUGGACCCCGUGCCGCAGCGAUGACGCAAUUCCAGACGUUGGAGCAGGCCCUCGGGGAGGUGGUGUGUACUUUUCAACGCUAUUGCCGGAAAGAAGGAGACCGCAACACCCUGAGUAAAGAUGAGCUACGGAACCUCCUGCAGACCGAACUCCCCAGCUUGCAAACG